AUGGAUUUGUUCAUAGAAAUUAAAUGGACAUACGAGGUAUAUCAGAUGUUUAAUAAUAAAUAAUAAUGAAGAUCUUAUCGUAUCUGGUAGUAAUGAUAAGACAAUUAAAUUCUGGUAAAAGUAGAAUGAAUGGUUGUGUUCAUAGACAAUUACAGAUCAUAAUCAUUAUGUAUGGGGAUUAAGUUAGAAUGAAUAAUAAAAUAGAGUGAUAUCUUGUGGAGAGGAUAAACUUAUAUUGGUAAUGGAAUAAUAGAAUAAAUAAUGGAUUGUAAUUUAAAAGAUUACAGUAGAAACUGAAGGAUUUCGAUUAUGCUUUAUAGAUAAUAAUACAUUCACAUUCUAACCUUGGCAGAAAGAGUACAUGCAUGUAUUUGAGAUUAAUAGCACUAAUAAAUAGUAUAGUAAAACAAAGGAUAUUCCUGUUGAUGGUGGUGGAGAUACUAGUUUCUUUCCUUAAUAAUAUAUAAAAUAUAAAUGUAUCCUUGUGAAUAAGAAUGCUUCAAAUGUGAGUUUAAUAAGGAAGAAAUAAAAUGGUGAGUUUAUAAUUGAGUAAUCUAUUGACUUUGGAACUUAUCAUAUUUAUGGAUAAAUGACUGAUGAUGGACAGUAUUUGAUUACUUGGGAUGAUAAAUCAAAAGAAUAUUAGAUAAGGAAAUAUUAGGAGUAAUGA